AUCCUUAUGUCUGCUGAGAACCUCCGGCCUGGCAGCUUUGUCUUCAGCAUGCGGGCUGCUGCCUUAUAUUAGCCCCUCAGUCCCGGUGGUGAAAUGUGUAGUUCUAGAGGUUCCUUUUCAUGGCAAUCCACAUAAAACAGGUAACAGGACUGCACCCAUGGAGGCCAUGCCAUAAAGCACUGCUAGAACCAUGGGCUUUGUCAGUUGGAGAGAUGCAGCUGUGUUUUCUGUAAAAGGAAGUGACUAACACUAGUAUCCCGUCUAUAUCUGAAUGCUGUCUCUAGGUUUAAGCCGCGGUUUCGCCUUCGUGGAGUUUUAUCACUUGCAAGAUGCUACCAGCUGGAUGGAAGCCAAUCAGGUUGCUUCACUCGCCAAGUCUAGAAUACUCCUGAGAAAUGGCACAUGACAUAUGUCUGUAACCGAGAUCGAAAAGCAGAGCGAGGAUGGGGGGAGGGGGUGAAGGGAGAGAGGCGUUCAGGUUCCAGGUGAUCAUGAGGGUCAAGCUCUCUGUGUACAUUAAAGCUCUGCUGUGGGAAUAUUGGCCGUCAGUGUGCACUUACCUCCAAGCAGAUGAGUUACAAGUGUCACAGCCUUUCAUUAAGGUUAUCAGAAUGGGGACCAGGCUGCCAUAUAGUAGUUUUCGCUCACGUUCUAGCAGCCGCUCCUAAAUUUUACUUGACCUCUUGACUGCCUUAGUGUGCACCCCUCGAUGUCCUGUGGGUGAGCAGCUCUUUAAUGUAGGCAGAGUGCACCCAGUGUAUGUCUGCAGGUCCCCCCUCUCCCUGGGUUACUGCUGAGUACAUCUGACAGACACAUGUAUGUAAUAACUCCACAUGGGCAGCUCAGCUCCUAAUGCACCGCUGGCUGCCGCUCCGUGGGCUCAGUCAUAUUCCGCUUAGUUAUGGAUGUGACUGGAGCCAGACGCUCAGAGGUUAUUGAUAGCUCCCUCCCUGCUUCCUAUAGAAGAGCUUGCAGGAGAGGUUAAGCGCUGGGUAAUUGGAGCCGGGAUCAGCCACCUAUUUCACAGCUCUACUUUAAACCCAUCUGUUCAUCAAGAACUCGCAGAAAGAAAAAAUACCCUGAGAAGUCCCUUUCUCCAGUCCCUAUAUUGAAGCGUGACUCCAGGUGGGGAGGAGUGGGGAGGGUGCUGCCUCUGCUACAGCAAUGGUAUUUGUUCAUGGCUUCCUCAUCUUAACCCUUCCCUUGCCAGAAGAGGUCGCAUAGUUCACCCUGUGGCUUUGAGAAGUGGUUAGGCCAUGAGGGGGCCACCUCUGAUAAUCACCUGUAUUUACAGAGCCUCGCUAAGAUGCCAUACUCAGAGAUUGGCAAUACUGCGUGCAGUAUUAAGACCUUCAUCUUUCUGGAGCCCCCAGGCCCUUGACUUUACCUGCACCCCACUCUUUCUGUUUCUUCCAUCGGCAGCUCUGUGCGCCUCUGAUCCCUUUUCUCUAUCCACCCCUCGUGUGGGGGCUGGCAAAGCAUUUAGUUGGCUGUGGGUGGUCCUUCCCCACUUUGCCGUCCAUUUUAGUCGGGAGCUCAUUCCCCUCCGGAUAGACGUCAGCUUGUCAUGAUGCCGGCAAUAACUGGACCCUUUUUUUAUGUUCUUGCAGAAGAAGCUGGUGAUCCAGGGGAAGACCAUCGCUAUGCAUUACAGCAAUCCCCGCCCCAAGUUUGAGGACUGGCUGUGUAAUAAGUGUGGUCUCUACAACUUUCGAAGACGACUAAAAUGCUUCCGCUGUGGCGCAGCCAAGACUGAAUCUGAUGUGGACGCACCUUCUGGAGCCUCAGAUGCUCCGCAGUCGGCUGAUUACUACAGUGACAGUGGCUAUGUAUCCUCAGCCAUUAUCCUGCGUAACAUCGGGCCGCACACGGUGGUGGAUUCCAUCCUGGCUGCGCUGGCUCCUUAUGUGUCACUGGUGGUGAGCAACAUCCGGCUUAUCAAAGACAAGCAGACCCAGCAAAACCGAGGCUUUGCUUUUGUACAGCUGCCCUCCGCUCUGGAAGCGUCGCAGCUGCUGCAGAUUCUCCAGACUCUUCAUCCUCCUCUCAAAAUUGAUGGGAAAAUAAUUGGAGUAGAUUUUGCCAAGAAUGCUAGAAAGGAUCUAGUACUGCCAGAUGGAAACCGGGUUAGCGCCUUCUCAGUAGCGAGCACAGCCAUUGCAGCUGCUCAGUGGUCGUCCACACAGGCUCAGCAAAGCGGGGAUAGUGCGGAAUAUGGAUACGCUCAGCAAGGGCAGGAAGGCUAUGCAUCUUAUGGACAGUACUCCCAGGAGUAUCAGCAGGUGUACGCGUCUCCGACUGGUGGAGCAGAGCAGGGAGCAGCUGCCUCAGCAGAAGGAAGCACGCCAGCAGCCAGCACUGCCGCAGUAGUGUGUCAGAGUCCACAGCUCUACCAGCAGCCGGGGUCUCCGACCCAGCCAGGCACCAGCGCUACUACCAGCACAGCCUCCACCUCCUCUGCCACUACAGAAGAAACCUCUGCCACUCCUAACUCCAUAAUCCCGGGUGUGAAAUACGCUGUUCCCGACACAUCCACGUACCAGUAUGACGAAUCGUCAGGAUACUACUAUGACCCUCAGACUGGUCUUUACUAUGAUCCCAACUCUCAGUAUUACUACAACUCUGCAACCCAGCAAUACCUGUACUGGGAUGGUGAGAAACAGACGUACCUACCUGCAGUAGAUGGUACAGCACAGGGCACAGCACCGACAAAUGGGACUGCAUCCUCUACAGCAAAUAGCAAGGAAAGCAAGGAGAAGAAAGAAAAACCAAAAAGCAAGACUGCCCAGCAGAUUGCUAAAGAUAUGGAGCGUUGGGCAAAGAGCUUGAAUAAGCAGAAGGAAAAUUUUAAGAACAGCUUCCAGCCCCUGAGUGCCCGGGACGAGGAGCGGAAGGAGUCCGCAGCUGCAGAUGCAGGAUUUGCCUUGUUUGAGAAGAAGCAAGGAGCGUUACUGGAGAGGCAGAUUCUGCCAGACAUGAUGAUGUUGGUUAACACGGAGGAGGAGAGGCCGCCCAAGAGAGCGCUGGUUGCAGCGUACAGCGGUGACAGUGACAACGAAGACGAGGCCGAUCGGCUGCAGGGGAUGCUGGAUGAGGAGAAACUAACAGAUUGGAAGAAGUUGGCGUGCUUACUGUGUCGCAGGCAAUUUCCAAACAAAGACGCCCUGACGAGACACCAGCAGCUGUCAGACCUGCACAAGCAAAACCUUGAUGUGUAUAGAAGGUCCCGGCUCUCCGAUCAAGAUCUGGAAGCCCUGGAGCUGCAGGAGAGGGAGUCAAAAUACCGCGACCGAGCAGCAGAGAGGAGGGAGAAAUACGGCAUCCCGGAGCCACCAGAGCCCAAGCGCAAGAGGCAGUAUGAUGCUGGCGUAGUGAACUAUGAGCAGCCGACGAAGGACGGGAUUGAUACCAGUAACAUCGGCAACAAAAUGCUGCAAGCCAUGGGCUGGAAGGAGGGAUCUGGACUCGGCCGAAAGAGUCAGGGAAUCACGGCCCCCAUCCAGGCGCAGGUCAGGAUGAGGGGUGCGGGGCUGGGCGCAAAAGGAAGCUCGUAUGGAGUCAGCACGUCAGAUUCUUACAAGGACGCGGUCAGGAAAGCCAUGUUUGCUCGGUUCACGGAGAUGGAAUGAUUGGAUGAUUAAAUAUGAACUAUUCCUUUUUGGGGGCAGAAGUGGUCAGCAGAGCGGGCAGGACGGUCCCCUCCCCCACAGCUUUGGAGUGGAGUGCCCCCUGUAAAUAUGUAUCAUACAACUGUACAGUGUAAAUAUGUUUUUGUUCUGUGAGACGUUUGGGGUGUGAUGGGUCCCCUCGGUGAAGGAGGCUCCUCAGUGACCCAGUAUGCCACCUCUUCCUCUUUAUACAGGUUUAAAUUUGUACAUUUUCCUUUUUCCCAAAGAAAUAAAUUUCGGAGCAAAAUCCA